GGACCUUUCACGACUGCAAUCUCGUCGCCGAAACCCCACGCAUCCGUCGCGGCACACUGGCUGGGAACGGAGGCGCAACGAUGCAUUGGGCUUGUCACUACGCGAGGAAGGCGCUGGGCCGCACGGGCUUGGAGCGUGGAUGCGGUUGCGGAGGAUGGCUCAGUUGCGGCUUUCGGACAGCCGCACGUUCGCCAACACCUUCCAGGGCGGUGUGACGUGCAUGGACCUGGACAAGGUGGAGGAUCGCUUCCUGCUCAGCGGCGGUGCAGACACCACUCUGGCACUGUUUGACACGCACACGGGCUCUGAGCAGGCCGUCACCACCAUGAAGCCGCUGUUCUCCCUGCGGCGACAGAAUAGCCCGCAUGCACACAAGUUCAUGAUCAGCUCGGUGGCUUGGUACCCAGUUGAUACGGGUCUGUUCGUGACGGGUUCGCACGACUGCUUUGCCAAGGUGUGGGACACCAACGCGGCCGAGGUGGUCACUUCCUUCCAGCUGCCCAAGAAGGUCUUCGCGUAAUGCGUGUCUCGGCAGCUGCACAGCUAGCAAUAAACAUCACGAAAGAAGUUAGUGUCAGCGGCAAUGCGGUUACUUGUUACCUUCGAGACGAGACACCGGUGCGCGCUCCACGCUGCUCCGCAUUCGGCACGCCAAACGGAGUCCGAGUGUCGUGGAGACUGCUGCCGCUUGCAGGGGCGGACGCGUUCCAGCUCGCAACUAGGCUGCUGCCAUUCGCCGCGACAACGCGAAACCCACAAAAUGCACCCACCUGGAACGGAGCCAGGCAUCCGCGGGCGCCCAUGGAGCAUAUGCGUGGGCAAGCGGAAAGAAACGGGAGAAGAAAGAAGCGGCGUGGCGGAUGUCAGUAGCCGAUGCCGGGCAAAGCUGCCGAGCAAGUGAAGCAGGGUGGCUGCCUAGCUGGGGCCGGGCUGAUUAGAGGGCUGAACGGCGGCUGCACCGGGCGAGCUGUACUGGUAGUAUGUACUGGCGCCGGCCAAGCGUGGUAAGUAUGGGCGCCGCUGCAUGGAUCCCGCCCCCAUGUGCCGCGGCGAGGCUGGCGACGAUGCAGUGGCGUACAGCUGACAGCUGAGACGGACGGGCGCGGACCGCUGUGCGGUUCCCCACACCCGUCCAGGGACCGGCCCACGCACGGUGCAGCGGGGCCGGCCGGGUGGGGGAACCGUGCUGACAGCUGAGUGGGCGGCGGGCGGAGGGCUGGCCGAGCUCGGUGCGUGUCCACGGCAUGUACCCGAAACCGCUGAAAAGCCAAACCAAGAAACAAAUUCUCCAGAACCAAAUAACCAAGGUGUAAGACGACGACGAC